AUGGUGAGGGUUGGUGAAGCAUUGAGAGUAUCAACCUCAUCAUCUUCAUCUCUCAACGAAAGUGAAUCCGAAGAGCUUCAAAAGAUGUCACUAGAACCACCAAGAGCUAAACCCAAGAAACGUCUCUCUAAGCAACUCUCUAUGCUGGAGACCAAAAGAGACAUGGCAUGGGAGCGUCGUCGUCGCCAUAUGCUCCAUCACCUCGAGAUGAAGCAAAUAAACGAAGGAGGAGAUACUGACUUAACGGACGAGGACUUGAGUGAGCUCAAAGGUUCUAUUGAGUUAGGGUUUGGUUUUAACGAGGAGCAAGGGCAAAGACUUACAACUACUUUGCCUGCUUUGGAUCUUUACUUCGCUGUGAACCGUCAGAUCUCUCCUGUUUCUACACCAAGCAGCGGUGGAUCUUCGUCCUCUCGACUUACUUCACUUGGAGACCGAUCCUCCUCUUUUGGUAGUCCUAUGAGUGACUCAGAUGGAUUGAAAUUUAUGUCUCCAGGAGAUAACCCUCAACAAGUUAAAAGGAGGCUGAGGCAUUGGGCACAAGCUGUUGCAUGUUCUGUGAUACAAUAUAAUUAA